AUGUGCAGUGGCGUGUUUUUCCACAAGCUACUCGGUUUGAUUGCAGGCGCCUCACGAUUGUCUUCCGCUGCCAGCCAGCAGACCCCUAGGCAACGCCAGGUGCCUGUGAUUCCUGCAGCACCUCCGCCAUCUCCAGCGAGUCCAACGCAUGCUGUUGUGGCAGCGGAUAGCUUUGUCCCAAGCACUCCGCGACUUACCCAGACUGCUGCCAAAGGAAGUGCUCAAAGCAGCUUGCAGCAUCCUGUCGUUGUUCAGACUUAUGCGCCAGUGUAUCGCGCGGCUCCGUCCAGAGUCAAUGCGCCAGCUUCAUCGACACCAAUGCGUGAACGGGCAUCGGUGCUGGUGCCCCAGUUGGACCUGAGAAAGAUUGUGCAGAAGUAG